UUACCGACACGCACAAGAAAGCACGUCGUGCUGAAGAAGUUAGAUGCUGUAGACAAAACCUGGCACAGAUGUCUGAAAACCGCACUGAUUCACAGAGAGAAACCGGGGUUGUUCUGGGUUUUUUGGAAGAGGCUGAAGCAUGGCAGCUGAAAAGCGACCAGUUCCCCAGUAAAGUCGGCGGACGGCCUGCCUGGUUGCUCCAGGUGAAUUUACCAACCGCCGCCGACCUCGUCUGUGAGAAGUGUCAGCUUCCGACAGCAUUUCUUUUACAGGUUUAUGCCCCUAUUGUCGGACAAGAGAGGAGUUUUCACAGGACGCUGUACGUAUUCUGCUGCAAGACACCUGCGUGCCACACUGCGAAUGACCCCCGGUGUUUUAAAGUGUUUAGAAGCCAGUUACCAAGGAAAAAUGACUUCUAUCCAUAUGACCCUCCUCCUGAUGAAAAGCCAGCUGCUUGUGCAGAUGAUGAGCAUAUACUAGGUUCAGGAGUGAAACUGUGCAGGUUAUGUGGCUGCGCCGGACAUAAAGCAUGUUCCCGCUGCCACACAGUCACAUACUGCUGCAAAGAGCAUCAGACUAUAGACUGGAAACGGCAUAAGAAAGAAUGCAGUAGUGAAAAUUCCUCGGCUUCUGAUGCUGUAAAUUUAUUUUUGUUUCCCGAGUGGGAGUUGGUAACAGAACCUGAAGAACUCCCAGUAAAGGAUGACAAGCCACCUGACUCAAAUUCAUUAGAGCAAGUGAAUAUUGCAUCUUCAGAUUUGGAGGAGAGUGACUUAGAGUCCAUGGCCCACCAUGAAUCAAAGGACAGUGAGAUGUUUCAAAACUUUAAGGAGCGCAUAGGUGCAGAGCCACAUCAGGUCUUGAGAUAUUGCAGAGAAGGAUCUCCACUUUGGGUGUCAUCUGAACAUGUGCCCAAAAAAGUAGACAUUCCAAAAUGCUCAUGUGGCACCAACAGGAACUUUGAAUUUCAGAUCAUGCCACAGUUGCUUAACCACCUAAAGGUGGACAGCCUAGAUGCCAGCAUAGACUGGGGGACACUGGCCAUCUACACAUGUGCUGCCAGCUGUGACCAAGGCAAAAACUAUUCAUCAGAGUUCAUCUGGAAGCAAGACUUCUCAAAAGAUCAGGCAGUUUAAUUACUACUUCAUAUAGCAUAUACAUUGUUGUUUGACUUAUGUACUUUGUUAAUGGGUGCUGAAGUGUCUC